AUCACUUUUUUGUGUAAACAGAGCGCUGUCGAUUCCCAUUCAUACCGGCUUGUGCUACACUCCAAGUCAGUUCCAGCCAACCUCAUGGCAAUCCACGUUCUUCACUUUCCACACUUUGUAGUAAACGGUGCACGAGAAAGUCGAUCACGCGAGAAAUUUUUUUAAAUUGAGAGCCACUCCACCUCGUUCGCAUGUUGUGAAUGUUCUAAUUGAUAGUUGGCGAGUAAAGUUUUUCCCAUCAGAGCAUUUCUUAUGGUGAUGCUGCGGGAAAAGUAUCUGUCUCUCGUCAAGUUGUUCAAUCCAGAAUGAAUAUUGGAGCAUAGUGUUAAUUGCCACUUUCGGUGAUGCGGACCAGUAGAACUGAUUUCACCACAAUCCAACUGGAAUGGAAAACACCCGACGGUGCCUAAUGGGACAGUCAUUCAUUGCCACUUUCACUUCCGCGGCGGCCCUCGGGAGAGCUAGUUUUUCUGCGGUGGUGAAUAAUUAAAUUUUUUCUGGCACUUUUGCUCCCCUUCUGAUACUGUCGGGAAAUAAAGCUAUCCGAUCGCAGUCAGUGGAAUGCACUUGAAUAUUGAAGUGGUCGCUUUGUGCCUAACUGGAGGGAUUAAAUUUCAACGGAAGCAAUCCUGGCGAGUGUAGGUUAGCAGCGUAGGAAGAGUCCGGGAGCAACUGGAAACACGCUGUAGGAAGGAAAAACGAAUCACCAAGAAUAAUGAAAGCGUUUUUCCAACUUCUGCUAAUUGGAAUCGUUUCGGUGGCUGAGUGCUGGUCAUUGGCAACGGUUCCAGCAAAUACUGUAUUAACUGAGGAAAACUUUCAAGAGAUGUCAAACAGUAACUCGAGCGCGCUGUUAUCCAGAAAGAAAAGAUUUAUUGUGUUUCCAUUGGGAUCCAGUUUUUCCGUCGCCGUUUGUAUGACUGUAGGAGUAUACGGCAAUCCAAACUAUAACAUGUACAGUUGGGCUGUGAAUUGGGGAGUGGCGUACAAUUUACCCAAUCAGACGAUUAGUUUUCAUCAGGACAUGAUGGAACCGAAGCCGAUGGCACAGAGAAGACAUCGUCGGGACUUAUAUCAAAAACUUGAGACUGCAAUGAACAGCAUGGGCUACAAUGGGCGCGGAUGUAUUCUACGUGCGCUGUGCGAGAGUUCCCAGUAUUUCGGGAAAAAAGGAUCGAACAUGGCAGCCGAGAUUUUACGAACUUUGUUUAGCUUUCCAAAGUCUAAAGUCCUCUCGAUGGAACACAGCGAUACGAGGCUCUACGAUGAAGCACAUCGGAAAGGAAAGAGCAGAAGCGUAUGCCACUCGCUGUAUCCGACAUGUGGCUUCUCGUUACUGGAGCUUGCAUUGGGCAAAUAUGCUAGUCCUUUAAGUUUUAUGUGAUUGAACGAAUGUUGUGCGAGUGUUUCAGAAAUCUAUUACCCUUGAUUAUCUCUAGAAAGUGUUUGGCAUGUGUUUCAAUGUGCAGUAUUUAAUCUUCCGCUUGAAGACACGAAAUAGAUAUAAAGAAUUUUGUGACGGUUAAACAAAUAAACCUCAUGAAAUAAACCUGUACUACCUCAGUAUGUGUAAGUGUAAAUAAGAGUAUACGUAGGUAAGCUAAAUAAAGUAAUUGAAAAAUACUCGAUUUAUAA